UUCCCCGGUGAGGUGCAUGCUGGGAGACCUGUCAUGUCCCGAAGAUGCACAGACCGGUGACCAGUCUGUGUCUGAGCUCCAGCGUGAAGCUCAAACUGGUCAGCGCUCGUUUCCAGUUCACCGCCGACCUGCUGCACCUCCAGCCGGCGGAGCUCAGCGCAGAGGCCGGCUUGUCGCAGCAGGAGGCGCUGCAGGUGCUGCAGGCAGCGAGGACGGACGCAGCAGGGGGCGGAGUCACUGCACUGGAGCUGCUGCAGAAGGAGGCGGAGAUAAAGAGCAUUGUGACAUUUUGCUCUCACCUGGAUAAAGCGCUGAGAGGAGGAAUACCUGUUGGGAAAACCACGGAGCUCUGUGGAGCACCUGGAGUAGGAAAAACACAGCUGUGCCUGCAGCUGGCAGUGGACGUCCAGGUUCCUCAGUGCUUCGGCGGGGUGGAGGGUCAUGUGAUCUACGUGGACACGGAGGGCAGCUUCCUGCUCCAGAGGGUCGUUGACAUGGCCGCCGCCGCCGUCAGACACUGCUCCUUAUUGGCUGAAGACGAGGAGCAGCGCGUCGCCAUGGAGACCUUCACCGUGGAGACCAUCCUGUCUAACAUCUACAUGGUGCGUUGCCGUGACUACGAGGAGCUGCUGGCUGAGCUCCACCUGCUGCCUGACUUCCUGUCAGAGCGGCCCAAGGUCCGCCUCCUGGUGAUUGACAGCGUGGCGUCUCCGUUCCAGCAGCUGUUUGACGAGCUGUCGCAGAGGACACGCCUCCUCAACAGCCUCGCCCAGCGCCUCAUUGCCAUGGCAACCAGCCAUCACAUCGCCGUGGUGAUCACCAAUAAGAUGACGACCCGGUUGCGAAGCGGCCAAUCACAGCUGGUCCCCGCCCUCGGGGAGAACUGGGGCCAUGCCCCCACCAUCAGGCUCCUCCUACACUGGGAGGGGCCACGGCGCCUAGUAACCAUCUUUAAAUCCCCGGGUCACAUGGAUGCCACUGUCCAAUACCAGAUCACCGCUGAUGGCUUCAGAGACACCGACCAAUCAGAGCAGCCGCAGAGCAAACGGCGUCACACACAGGUCGACCAAUCAGCUGCCAGCUGCUGACUGGUCAGAGACUGUUUGCCAAUUAGAGGCUGAGCUGAGAGUUUACAUCACACAGACUGUGUUCAGUUUAAAUAAAGUUUAUUUAAAUUCUCAGUGAAGACGUGAAAAAGUUUUACUGUUACUGAAAUCAAUAUUAAAGUUUUAUCACAAAAAAAUCU